AUGUUAUGUGGUGUAGCUGAUGAAGUUUUAGCAAUUAUGAAAUCCAAUGACCAAAUCUUAAUGACUUCUAAUAUCAAGAAGAAACUAGAGAUUGAGAAACUAAUAGGACAGCAGAAUGUUGUUAAUGAUGCUGAUGAUGAUGUUGAGUUUUAUCAGCCGAAGAAUGAAGAUACUUGGUAUGCUUAUAACAUGUUGAUUGCAGAGAUUGUGCAACAUGUUGAUGACAAAGUAGCUGCUCAUAAAGUGAUAUUAGGUGUUGUUGCUGAUCGGAUCCUGUCAGCUUUGAGUAAUGAGGAGAAUUCAAAUUGGCUUAAGAAAACCAUCAUUGAGGGCAACUUAGGGCCUAUUUCCUGGGAAACUUUUGAUCAAUUAGUGUUCAUUAGUAAGCUUAUUCAUGACUACCAUUCAAUCCCUGACAUGAAGACAGAAGAGCCGGCGUACCGAUUAUCAUUACCAAGUACCAGUGGUACUAGUACAAGUGUUGAUGAUGAUAAACAUGUUGAUCUUAAGCCGGUAGUGUUUAUUGGACCUAAGCCUAAACUAGAAUUGCUGAAUGAGGAAGAGGUUGAAUAUGAAUAUAUUGGUGAAGAUGGACCUAAGCCUAAACUAGAAUUGCUGAAUGAGGAAGAGGUUGAAUAUGAAUAUAUUGGUGAAGAUGGAACUAAGCCUAAACUAGAAUUGCUGAGUGAGGAAGAGGUUGAAUAUGAAUAUAUUGGUGAAGACGGCGAUGACGAACAUGAGGAGGAGGAAAGAAUUGUGGAAGAUGCUGACUGCCAUCAGGUUAAACAGGAAGAAGUUGUGGCAAAAGAGCAGUCGAAUGUUAAAAGGCUGAAGAGGUCUGGGCUUAAACUAUCAUUCCUGGAUGAGGAAGAGGAAAUUUUUUUUGAUUCAAAUGAGGAAAUUGAACAAGAGAAUUUUGGUGGCGACAAAGCAGACCAACGGGAGGCUUCGAUUGAAAGAACUUUCAAAGAUGCUGGCUGCCAUCAUGUCAAAGAGGAAGAAGAGGUGCCAAAAGAACAAUUCAAAGUUGCAAGUCCAAAGAGGACUGCGGAAGAUUGCGAAAGUAGUGAGGAUCCAGAGUCAUGUCAAGGAAAAAAGAAGAAGAAGCUGAAAGUUAUGUCCCUGAGAUAAUAUCGACUAAAGCAGUAAUAUGGAGAUUGAGCUAGAUAAUAUACUGUUUUUUUUAGGAUGAUUUCAUUUUAGUGGCAUAGACAUGAACUGUGUCAGUAAUAUUUUUGUCAGUUUGGAUUAAUCUAGUCUAGAUUAAACGAUUUAAUUCUUC